UUACCUUUUAUGGCUCGAGCCGGGCAUCUGACGGUGUAUAAAAUGCCGGUGCCCACGGAGCCGCCUCACUCUGAGCGCCGUCACACGCAACUUGUGCGGGAUAUCAUUUGCCUGAAACCAGUUUCCAUAAAGCGAAAACUCCCCCACCCAAAGUUCAGCCAUGGAAGAUGAAAUCGCCGCACUGGUUGUUGACAACGGAUCCGGUAUGUGCAAAGCCGGGUUUGCUGGGGAUGAUGCCCCCCGCGCUGUGUUCCCCUCCAUCGUGGGACGCCCCAGACAUCAGGGCGUGAUGGUCGGCAUGGGCCAGAAGGACAGCUACGUUGGUGACGAGGCUCAGAGCAAGAGAGGUAUCCUGACCCUGAAGUACCCCAUCGAGCAUGGCAUCGUGACCAACUGGGACGACAUGGAGAAGAUCUGGCAUCACACCUUCUACAACGAGCUGAGAGUGGCCCCCGAGGAGCACCCCGUCCUGCUCACCGAGGCCCCCCUGAACCCCAAAGCCAACAGGGAGAAGAUGACCCAGAUCAUGUUCGAGACCUUCAACACCCCCGCCAUGUACGUGGCCAUCCAGGCCGUGCUGUCCCUGUACGCCUCCGGCCGUACCACCGGAAUCGUCAUGGACUCCGGGGAUGGUGUGACCCACACCGUGCCCAUCUACGAGGGGUACGCUCUGCCCCACGCCAUCCUCCGUCUGGACUUGGCCGGCCGAGACCUCACAGACUACCUCAUGAAGAUCCUCACCGAGCGAGGGUACUCCUUCACCACCACUGCUGAGAGGGAAAUCGUGCGUGACAUCAAGGAGAAGCUGUGCUACGUGGCGCUGGACUUCGAGCAGGAGAUGAGCACCGCUGCCUCCUCCUCCUCCCUGGAGAAGAGCUACGAGCUCCCCGACGGGCAGGUCAUCACCAUCGGUAACGAGAGGUUCCGCUGCCCAGAGGCGCUGUUCCAGCCCUCCUUCCUCGGUAUGGAGUCUUGCGGUAUCCACGAGACCACCUACAACAGCAUCAUGAAGUGCGACGUGGACAUCCGUAAGGACCUGUACGCCAACACCGUGCUGUCCGGGGGUACCACCAUGUACCCUGGCAUCGCCGACCGCAUGCAGAAGGAGAUCACCUCCCUGGCCCCCAGCACCAUGAAGAUCAAGAUCAUCGCCCCACCAGAGCGUAAAUACUCUGUCUGGAUCGGAGGCUCCAUCCUGGCCUCCCUGUCCACCUUCCAGCAGAUGUGGAUCAGCAAGCAGGAGUAUGACGAGUCCGGCCCUUCCAUCGUCCACCGCAAAUGCUUCUAAACAGACUGUUCCUCUCUCCCCUCCUCCCCACCCCUCCGACCAAACGGCCAACGACUUCAGCUCUGCGCGAACCAUCCACACCAUCCAUUCUCACCGCUCAGGCGCAGAGCCCGACGCCCAGCUCAUUGGCAUGGCUUCAGUUAUUUUUGGCGCUUGACUCAGGAUAUAAAAAAAAAAAAAAAAAAAAACUGGAACGGUGAAGUGAAGUGACGGUAAUGUUUUUUUGGCUAGUUUUAAAAAUAAGCACCCCAAGGUUUUACAGUUGCAUCUGAGGACUUUAAAAAAAAAAAUGUACAUUUUGUUUUUUUCUUUGAGUCAUUCCAAAUGUUUGUUAACUGCAUUGUUCAAACACAUUAUUCCAAAUGUUAACUGCAUUGUUCAGACACGUAUUUGCCUCUGUGAAGGCUGCCCAGUGGUCGGCUGAUACUCAAACACUGUUGUAGUAUCGCUUGUAUGUAAAUUAUGUCUGGGUUUUUUGUACUUUCAGCCUUAAAGAUAUCUUGGUCCUGUUUAAUUUCUUUUUGUUAUGCAAAGCCCUCAGACUCUUCUUUCCUCUCGGGGGGGCUCAUCUCUGGGCGGUUGGGCGAGGGGUCUCUACGUGCUGGGGUAACAUGGGGUCCAGACUGGUGGUCAACCUGUACACUGACUAAAACAAUCCCAAUAAAGUGCACACGCGUUCCGACAUGA